CAGCGGUGUUCGUGGCGAGUGAGGCGGGCUUGCCGUGUGCGUUGGCUUUGGCGUUUCGCUUUCACCGAGCGUACGGAGACCAAAGCGAGAGGCCCCCGCGAGAUCUUCCUCCCCCCCCUCCGCGCCUUCCCCCGCGCGUCGACGGGAUGCACCGGUGCGGCGUCUGAAGUGAAGAAGACGCGGACUGGGAUACCCGUCCUCGCGGAUCGUCGCGGUGUUUUGCUUCCACCUCCCCGGUGCCCCACGGACGAGCGUCCACGCCGAGCGUGCGUGUCGCGGCCACGAUGGCCCUCAGCCAGACCAGCGUGCUGAAAUUAUACCACACUGUGAUAGAAGAUGUAAUAUCGGGAGUGCGAGAGUCGUUUAUAGACGAAGGCGUGGAUGAGCAGGUCUUGCAGGAGCUCAAGCAAAUAUGGGAGGCAAAACUAAUGGCCAGCAAGGCCGUGGAGUUAAAUCCGGAUCCACCGGAGCCGCAAGUUCCUCCAAUCAACACGCACAAAGCCGUGUCCGUUAAUAAAGCUAAUGUAGGAAAUCAUUUUGUACAACCAUCUGCCGGAAACACAGUGUCGCAAACGCAAUCUUCACAACAAUCGCAACAACAACAGCAGCAGCAGCAGCAGCAAGCGCAAGCACAGCCGCAGCAACCAUCGCAACCUCAGCAACACACUCAUCCUUCCACGGGUACCACAUUACAGCAACAGCAGCAGCAGCAGCAGCAACAACAGCAUUCGACGACGCCGGUGCAACAAGUGGUGACCGCUUCGGCUGUGCUCGCUGAACGACAAGUGCCCAUACAGAUCACCUUACCUCCACAACCUGGCAUUCCGGACGGACCGCAACGGAUUUUAAGCAUACAAGUUCCUGCAUCUGCUCUUCAAGCCAACCAGCUACAUACGAUUUUAACAGGUUCGGUAAUUUCCGCCGCUAUGGGUCUUCCAGCGAAUUUAGCUUCGGCUCUGCUGCAACAGCAUGUAAAUUCUACGCUGCAGGGGCAAGCGACAUUAACCCCGUUGCAAGUGAAUCAGCCGAUUCAGGUUGUCACACAAAGUACAAACAGCGUUGUCACACAAAGGCCACCUCAAAAUCAGCAGCAAAAUAAUAUAAAUCAAUUGGACGGAGGAGUCGGUGAUUCUACUGACGAUGAUGAUGAUGAGGAGGAAGAGGAUAACGAUGAUGACGACGAGGAUAUGGAUGAAAAAGAGGAGGAAGAAAACGACGAGGCGGCGGCUCGUGAAGAGGAACCCCUCAAUUCUGAAGAUGACGUCACGGAUGACGAUCCUGCCGAUUUAUUCGAUACUGAUAAUGUAGUCGUCUGCCAGUACGAUAAGAUUACGAGGAGUCGGAAUAAGUGGAAGUUUUAUCUGAAAGACGGUAUAAUGAAUCUAAGUGGAAAAGAUUAUGUGUUCCAAAAGGCAAACGGGGACGCUGAAUGGUAACUCUAGGUGCGAUGUGAAUAUCGUGUUGCCCACGAGUAAGCUCGACUCAGGGACGCUGCGUGUGAAGGCAACUUGAUAAUGUGUUCACGUGUAUAACCGCGUUAAUGUGUGAAGAGAUACCGACGAUCUCCACGACGACGGGAUUCUUUCACCGGAUUGCGCGAAGCUGCUGCAAGUGGAAAUGGCGGUACAGGGGAACAACGGCGAACAUUGUUACAUUAUCACGAAUAUCAUACUGUACACUUUGUGUUAUAUCUUUAGCCCUAUGAACGACGAGAUUUUUGAGAUGUUGAGACAAGAUGAUUUUACUUGUCGACUGACUAGCUAAGUCACAGAUAUCAAAUGUGUCAGGUUUUAUUUAAUUUUCUUUUUUUCGUUCUGACAAUAUUAUUAGUUUUUUUUUUUAAUAUUCUUAAUGAUUUUCUUUAAUCUUUUCAUUUAAGGAAAUUGAAGAUCGAAAGUUAAGGGGAGGGAGGAUAGAGAGGGCUAAUAUAUAUGAUUUCCAUGUAGUAGUGCGAAUUAUGAAUAUACGAGUGUAAAAGAAAUUAUGCGAGAGUCUCCUACAGUUAGUCACAUAUGUAUUACUGGAAACUUGCUUGUGGGCGCCGAGAUUCCUUCUAAAAAGAUCCACGACGGAUUAGUUAGCUUUUUCUAGCAAAUGUGAGUGAACUUUAUUGGAGCGGAAGCGCGUUAUGUAUAUAUAUAUAUUAACUGAAUGAUAUAUAUACAUAUUGACGAAAGCACCAUAUCGAUUAGUGGAUCUGAAGCCACUAACAUCACGGACAAUGAAUGCAAAAAUUGUACUUUAUAGAUAUAUAUAAUAUAUAUUAUAUACAAUAUAUAUAUUUUGAAAUCCUCGAUUAUGAACUUUUUCACGUGGGAGGAAGUUGAAAACUUCCGUUCUAUAUUUGUGAUCUGAAAACAGAACGGUAUCGAACGGUUUCAGUUGAAAAGUUUUAAAGGACUGCAAAAUCGUGAUUUAUUGUGUGCGAUUUGGAGUAAUAAAGUUGCGUUUUAUUACUGUUGCCAGCAUUGACGAGUUAUGGCACACAAAAAAACUUGAGCAGUAAGUCGUAAGCAGUAAGCGAAUCGACCAAUCACAAUCGAGAAUGUAAGGUUAUAACGUAAGCAGUAGCAAAACCAGUACGUUGAUUUCUUUACUGCCUACGUUUUACUGCUUAAGUUUUUUUGUGUGCGAUGGCUCUUUAAUUUAUCGAAAGGAUUGAAUAACAUGCAUUCAGAGCAUUUAAGGGAUCUAUCGGUGUUUCACUCAGGAAGUUUAAAUUGUUCGGUAAAACGGUAAAAAAACUUGAUUUUUAAGAACUUUUGCUUAACAAUGUCAACUCUCUCAAAAGAGAAUUGAUAUUGUUAAGUGUUAUGAUAUUUUCUAGUACUUUUAGAUUUUUGUGUAAUAUUUGACAAACAUCUUUGAAGUUGUAUUGAAAUUAAAUCAGAGCUUCUAGAACAAUUUAAAUUGCCUUAGUCAAAUAAGUUAUAAGAUUCGUGAAUUAGCAAAUUUUUAUGUUAUUAAACGCGCUAAAGUUUGAAGAUCAGUGCCGUGAGCGUGUAUAAAAAUUACUCUUAAAUUAUAUAAUGUCUGAGUGGAGAUUAAUAUUUCAGUAGUUUAAGAUAAUUGUUUAAUUGGAGGAAUGACGAUAUAAAUAAAUUGCUUCUACGAAACUGACAAUGUGAUGUUACGAAUACGCCAAGAUAGUGUGCAAUUUAUAUAUCGUAUCGUAUCGUACUUUGCCGAAGAUACUUGGAAUGUUGGCAUAAUGUUUAAAUUUGAGUAAUUGAUUUUAAACAAUCGGCUGAAACUCUAAUUUUCUGAGGUUACCAAAAAAAUGUAUAUAUUUUAUGAAAUUUUUUUUUUGUGAAAAUCAUAUAUCUUGUAGAAUAUGAUUGAUAUACAGAGGUGCUGUCUGUAUAAUAUUUACGGUAUCUGCGUUAUAUUGUUCGUCGUAUGCCUUAUAUAUUCCAAGUUUAAUUUAUAAAUUAAACUUUUUGGAAUUUGCAAAAUAAAUGUUUCACAAGAAAACUCUUCUCUAUA